GCGAGCGGCAGCCUCGCCCCGCCGGGGGCCCGGCGGGCACCGACACCGCGCCGGCCGGGGGAUGAAGAUGAGACGCCAUAAACUCUUUCUGACUCUCUGCAUGGCUGGUCUCUGCCUCAUCUCCUUCUUGCACUUCCUCAAGGCCCUUUCCUAUGUCACCUUCCCCAGGGAGCUGGCUUCGCUUAGUCCCAACCUCGUCUCCAGCUUCUUCUGGAACAAUGCCCCCGUCACGCCUCAGGUCAGCCCUGAGCCAGGGGGUGCAGAGUUCCUCCGCACACCCCUGUAUUCCCACUCCCCUUUGCUUCAGCCCCUGUCUCCCAGCAGAGCCAGCGAAGAGCUGCACAAGGUUGAGUUUGUGCUGCCAGAAGACUCAACGGAAUACUUUGUCCGUACCAAAGCUGGUGGCAUUUGCUUUAAACCAGGCACCAAGGUGUUGGAGAAGCCUCCCGUGGGAGGUCGGCAGGAGGAGCGAGCGGAUGGCGCAGCCUCGGGGCGGCCGGCUCGGAAGCCGCUGAGCGCCAGCGGAACCAAGCGCCGCAAGUGGGUGGAAUGUGUGUGUCUGCCAGGCUGGCACGGCCCCAGCUGUGGGGUCCCCACCGUGGUCCAGUACUCCAACCUGCCCACCAAGGACCGCCUCGUGCCGCGGGAGAUCCCUCGGCGGGUCAUCAACGCCAUCAAUGUCAACCACGAGUUUGACCUGCUGGAUGUCCGCUUCCACGAGCUGGGAGACGUGGUGGAUGCUUUCGUGGUGUGCGAGUCCAACUUCACGGCCUACGGAGAGCCGCGGCCCCUCAAGUUCCGCGAGAUGCUCCUCAACGGCUCCUUCGACUACAUCCGCCACAAGGUGCUCUACGUCUUCCUGGACCACUUUCCCCCCGGCGGCCGCCAGGACGGCUGGAUUGCUGAUGAUUACCUGCGUACCUUCCUCACCCGGGACGGCAUCUCUCGCCUCCGCAACCUGCGCCCGGACGACGUCUUCAUCAUCAAUGAUGCUGAUGAGAUCCCGGCCCGUGAUGGCGUGCUCUUCCUCAAGCUCUACGACGGCUGGACAGAGCCCUUCGCCUUUCACAUGCGCAAAUCGCUCUAUGGCUUCUUCUGGAAGCAACCAGGCACCUUGGAGGUGGUCUCGGGCUGCACCAUGGGGAUGCUCCAGGCUGUCUAUGCUACCGACGGGAUACGUUUGCGACGCCGUGAGUACUACACCAUGCCUGGCUUUCGGCAGUAUGAGAACAGCACAGGACACAUCCUGGUGCAGUGGUCGCUGGGCAGUCCCCUGCACUUUGCUGGCUGGCACUGCUCCUGGUGUUUCACCCCAGAGGGGAUCUACUUCAAACUGGUGUCAGCCCAGAACGGGGACUUUCCCCGCUGGGGUGACUACGAGGAUAAACGAGACCUCAAUUAUAUCCGGGAGCUGAUCCGGACUGGUGGCUGGUUUGAUGGUACCAUGCAGGAGUAUCCCCCUGCUGACCCCAAGGAGCAGAUGUAUGCUCCCAAGUACCUGCUCAAGAACUACCAGCGGUUCCGCUACUUGUUGGAGAACCCCUACCGAAAGGUGGAGGGUGCUGGGUGAGGCGACCGAGGCUCCAGCUUGGGUGGGAAAUCAGAACUUUAGAACAAAGGGAAAGAGUCGGGUGUUUUCGUCUGUUCCUGUUAUUCUUUAGUUUCCUUUGUUUAUGGGCAGGGUGUGCCUUUUUUCUGGGUCUCUGCCCUCCCUCACUUCCCAUUCUUCUUCCCUUCAUCCCAGGGUGAUGCCUGGGAACCCAAAUUCCUCAGUCACAUGAAGGGAGGCCUGGACAGGAGGGAGAAAGACCUGUUCUGCAGUAGCGUAAAGACUUUCUUGUAUCUUCCAAACCUCUCCUGCUGGCUGGAGAGAAUCUCUGCAGCCAGCUGGCAGAUUUUCCUCCAGGGAAGGCUGAGAGGGUCCCAUGGGGAGAGAGGGCAGCUGUUCCCAUCCACCCUCAUCCUUUGUGGAUUGGAACAAGCAUAGAUGCAAGCCUGGGCUAUUCAGUGAGCAUGUGAGUCAGCAGGCACAAACUCUUGUGAGUGGUUGUGUGUGCAGAUGUGUGUCACUAGCAUUUUUUGGAUGAGUGAAUGUUCAAAAGCAUCUCAGUAUGCUUGUUUUUUGUUUCUGUUUGUUUGCUUGUUUUUGUUGUUUUUUUUUUUUACUACCUCUGUAUUCAGAGGGUAUUUUGGGGAAAGGAAAUCCUUUGCUUCCAAGGUGUCCAUCUCAAGUUGCAGCCCCUUGCACAGGCUUAAUGCAUUCUGUCCUGGGCUGGGUCUUGCCCCAGUGUUCUAACAAUCCUGCAGGAGAUAGACAGGAAGCAGAGGAGAAAGCUGGGUUUGAGGGGUUUUUCUGUUCAUUUUUCCCCCCUGCCCCCAAAACACUGCAUGGACUUGUCCUACAGAAGCCAAAGCAUCUCCCCUGUGGUACGUGCUUUUGUUGGGGCUGGGAUAAGCUGCAGGGGACUCAGUCAGAUGGUGGGAGUGUAUGUUUGCAAGUGCAUGGUUGCCUGUGUGCAUGAGUGCUCACAUGCAUGGGUUUGGUGUGCACCUGGAUGUUUGUUACCAGUACUGGGGGGGAAGGGCUUGGCUGUGUGUGCUUGCAGAAAAUGGUGGUAUCCAGAAGCUCUCGUGUCAGUGUUGGCAUGGAUGACUUUUUGGGCAAUUCAUAGGAGAAGACCAGGGAUAGCAGUGGCUCUGCAUAGCAAUGCUGUGCAUGUGGGACUGUUGCAUGCCUCUCUGGCUGCCUCUAGAGCCCUGCAGGCUGUGCCUGUUGCAGGGCUGCUGCUUACACAUGCUGGCUACUCCUUCUUACUAUGGGGUAAUAAAAGGGAGAAGAGGAAUGGCAAAGUUCUGAUUGUUGUGGGCAAACAAAUCUUGUCAAGGCACAGGGUCAAUCUGUCUGCCCUUAGGGUGUGAGGGAGCUCACGAAGA